CUCUUCUACACAACCAGUCUAAGAUGGCUGCUAAUGGAUGAAUAAUUUGUAAAAAUCGUCAAUUAUUGCAUAAAAAUGGGAAACAACCCCACCCAGCUUGAGAAAGAGAUGGGCUCCGUGCAGUUGCCUGCUAACGAGCACUACUUUGGCCUUGUAAAUUUUGGGAACACAUGCUACUGCAACUCAGUCCUUCAAGCUUUAUACUUUUGUCGUCCAUUCAGAGAAAAGGUGUUGCAAUACAAACACCAGCAGAAAAAUCAAAAGAAAGAGACUUUACUCAUGUGCCUUGCAGAUCUCUUUUAUAACAUUGCAACUCAGAAGAAAAAAGUUGGUACACUCGCUCCAAAAAGAUUCAUCACAAGAUUGAGGAAAGAAUGUGAGUUGUUUGACAACUACAUGCAGCAAGAUGCUCAUGAAUUUCUGAAUUAUCUGUUGAACAGAGUCGCAGAAUUGUUACAAGCUGAGAAGCAGGGUGGUAAGGGUAAGGGUGGAGAAAACAACUCGCAGAGCAAGCCCGAGCCGACCUGGGUGGAGGAACUCUUUCAGGGAACAUUCACAAAUGAGACUCGCUGCCUCAACUGUGAAGCAGUGAGCAGUAAGGACGAGGAUUUUCUCGACCUGUCGGUUGAUGUGGAGCAGAACACGUCCAUCACCCACUGCCUGCGUGGCUUCUCGUGCACAGAAACUCUCUGUGCAGAACACAAGUACUACUGUGAAGUCUGCUGUAGUAAACAGGAGGCACAGAAAAGAAUGAGGAUAAAGAAACUACCCCAAAUUUUAGCUUUACAUUUGAAACGCUUCAAAUACACAGAGCAGCUGAAGAGAUUUACCAAACUAUCAUAUAGAGUUGUCUUCCCCUUAGAGCUACGCCUUUUCAACACGUCAGACGAUGCCUACAAUCCGGACCGCAUGUACGACCUGGUGGCUGUGGUUGUCCACAUUGGAAGCAGUCUAAACCGAGGCCACUACAUCAGCAUUGUAAAGAGCGAGGACAUCUGGAUACUCUUUGAUGAUGAUAUAGUUGAUAAAAUAGAAGCUAGUUCCAUGGAGGACUUUUUCGGACUGUCAUCAGAUAUUCAGAAGAACUCGGAAACGGGAUACAUUCUCUUCUACCAGUCACGGGAGUAGUGCAAGAUGCUGUCAAUCCUGCCUCGAUGUUAAUAAUUUUGAUUAUGGAUUAUUUGGGGGUUUCGUUCUCAUUUACAUAGAAUAUUGACUGUUAAGAAAUUUUGACGAAUAUUUUAUUUCUUUAAACUGCCAAUGAUUAUAGAUAUUUGAGUUGUGUACAAAAAAUUGCAUUUUCUUUAUUUUUGCUUUGAUAUUCAAUUUAUCACCUUAUACAGCAGAAUUUCAGUUUCAGCAUAUAUAUAUACUUUUUUUAAAUUUCACAGUCUUUAGUUAAAGAAUAAAACAGUUGCUGUUUAAUGCAAGUUAAAAGCCUUCAUUAAUCGCUUUACCACAUUAGGAUCAUGCGAUUGUUCUUAAUAUAUUCGAUCAAUUUCCUACAAACAUCGAAAACUGCAUAUGCAUUUCUGGAAUUAUUUUGAUACAUUUAAUUCAAAACAGUAUUUUAUAUCACAAAUAAGCAUAGUUUAAAGGCCUAGUUUAAGGAAUGUUUGGCAUGACACUGCUAAUUGCACUGAUGCCACAGUAGGGGCCAAUUUCCUGUUUAUUUGUUUAUUGGCUCAGGGCCAUUUAGGGUCCAUUUCAAUAAUAAAACCUCCAAAACUGCACAGCAGGAUACUCAGAUCGGAGAUCUGAUAAGACUAUAAGGCAAUUAGAUUAAGAUCAAUACACAGAGGCUGUGUACAAUACACGUUUGUUUGUGUGUUUUUUGGGGGGAGCACUUAUAGAAGGAUUAAACUAGGCCUUCAAGUAACUAGUCGUUAACCAUAAGCAAUUAAGCAUGAUUUUACAUCAUAAUAAUUUUACAGAUUGAACUUAAAUACCUUAUAUUAAAAUACAUUUCUAUCAACCAUGAAAUAUAUGUUCCUUAAGUAAACCAUUUUUAAAAAAGUAAAUGUCAGACAUAAACAAUUUCUAAACAUUACAAUUAAAUUAAAUUAAUUUAAAUUGCAUUAAAUUUUGUUUAACAUUGUUACUAAAUUUUGUUUCAUAUGUUAAUUUGACCAAAAGUCCCAAAUGGUCUUACACUAUGUAUUAUUGUUGAAAACUGUUAUGUGAUAUUUUGUAUGGACACAAUCUUGUUGUUUUUCUUUGUUACUAAGUCAUUGAUAUUUAAAGGGACUGGCUCAUGUUUUGGAACCAAUAAUUAGUUUACCUGGUAAUGCAUCUGAAAACAAUUAUUUUAUCAUUAUUUUACUUAAUGAUAUCGAAAUUGCAGAAAAAAUUAGACGUUAAUUUUUUUUAUUUGGUUUUAGUUAAAAUGAGAGAACCGUUGCCUUACCUACAAGGCCACAAUGCCAAUUACAAUAGAGUUAGAAUUUUUUACCUUUUAACAAUACAUUGAUCACAUUACAUGAUAAUGUCAAACAACCAAUCGCGUAACAACAGAUCUCUAAGCCGUUAGUAACACUAUUGAAAAUUCUUGUCUUCAAAGACAUUAUUUGAGCAAAUAUCGACAUUUGUUGAAAGCUUCCAUCUGUCAGUAUUUUAGUUUUAAAACUCCUAAUGAUAAUAAAAAAGAGUGCAUUUUACAAACCAUGAGCGUGUCCCUUUAAUGAUAGUGUAUAGAUAUUUUUUAGGAUUUUCAUAACACACUGGAACAUGCCACUAAUCAUUGUUUUAAAUGAGCGCUAAAGCUUUAUCAAUUGUAUGUGUUACUGUAUAUAACAUUUAACAUGUGCUUUCAACUUUAUGUAUUGGUUAAAGAUUGUAAGUAUGUGCCACACAAAUAAAUGGUCUGAAGUACAUAUAUAUGUUAAAACAUUCUUUAACCAAUAACAUCAUGUUAAAGUUUUAGUGGUCAACAUUAUAUUAUGUAAACUACUCACAAACUGGGCCAGCCACAGUUUAUAUCAAUCGCUUCACAUGAUUAAAAUCAAUAACAGCUGAAUGCAGAUUCGGUGGAAACAUGAGAAAUACUGCCUUCUCAUUGGACAAAAUAUAAUGAUGACCACCAAUAAAGGGUAAUAGACCUUCUGCUGUUAUAUCAUAUUUUUAACUGUUAAAAUAUUCUCUCUUUUAUUUGAUAUUCAUGUUUUGUGACUAAUAAUGAGCUAAAUGGACUUAUUUACAUAUUGAACAAUUUUCAUCAUUGGUUGUUUGAACACUUUGUUCCGUAAGGUUAAAUUAACAUAUUUACCAGUGAAUCCUUUUGUCUGAAUUUUCAUUUAAUUCUAAUAUGCACCCAUUCCUGUGAAUCAUGAAAAAAAUAGUGGAAAUUAUUAAUUAAAAUCACUGUUUCACAUUAAAAUAUUAGGAUAAAGAAAUCUAAAAUUGUUUCAUAAAUAUAAUUAUGCUUACUAGGUCUUUUAGUUUGGUUUUCAUGAAUUUUUUGGAACAUUUUGCAAUAAAAAAACCCAUACAUUAGAAUGUGAUUUAGGCUUAAGCCUAAAAUAUGAUUUAUUAUGGUUUGCUCAUUUGAAUUUAUGUUUGGUAGAUUUUUGUAUAUGUAAACCAUUAAUAUUUCAUAAGGUGAACAAAAUCAGUGAAGAAUAUCGACUAGCAUAAUGCAUUUAAGGUCAUAUGAUACGUUUCGUAUUUAUACUUACAAUGUGUCAUCAAGAAUAUUUCCCUAUUGUAGUCAACAGAGAGGUUGCAAAAGUCUGUGUACACGUAGCUACAUAUAUGUCUCAAAAUUCCAGUUGAGUUGAAAAGAUACAUGUAAAAUUUCCCAAGUAGUCCAAAUGUACACAUACCUUGAUUAUGUACUACACAAUAAGUAGUCCAAAUGGGCACAUACCUUGAUUAUGUACUACACGAUAAGUAGUCCAAAUGGGCACAUACCUUGAUUAUGUACUACACGAUAAGUAGUCCAAAUGGGCACAUACCUUGAUUAUGUGCUACACAAUAAGUAGUCCAAAUGGGCACAUACCUUGAUUAUGUACUACACAAUAAGUAGUCCAAAUGGGCACAUACCUUGAUUAUGUACUACACAAUAAGUAGUCCAAAUGGGCACAUACCUUGAUUAUGUACUACACGAUAAGUAGUCCAAAUGUACACAUACCUUGAUUAUGUGCUACACAAUAAGUAGUCCAAAUGGGCACAUACCUUGAUUAUGUACUACACGAUAAGUAGUCCAAAUGGGCACAUACCUUGAUUAUGUGCUACACAAUAAGUAGUCCAAAUGGGCACAUACCUUGAUUAUGUGCUACACAAUAAGUAGUCCAAAUGGGCACAUACCUUGAUUAUGUACUACACAAUAAGUAGUCCAAAUGGGCACAUACCUUGAUUAUGUACUACACGAUAAGUAGUCCAAAUGUACACAUACCUUUAUUAUGUACUACACGAUAAGUAGUCCAAAUGUACACAUACCUUGAUUAUGUGCUACACAAUAAGUAGUCCUAAUGUACACACACCUUGAUUAUGUAGUACACAAUAAAUAGUCCAAAUGUACACUGGAUGACAUAGGAUGCAAUAAGUAGUCCAAAAGUACACAUACCUAGAUGAGUUAGUACAUGAUAAGUAGUCCAAAUGUUCACAUACCUUGAUGGCAUAGUACCAAAUAUGUAGUCCAGAUGUACCCACACUUGUACAAGUAGUGUUUUGCAACCUCUCUAAAAUAAGGCAAUAGAAACUAUUGUAUUGUUCCUUUGUACAUAAAAAUCAGCCAAAUCAAACAGAUUAGUUUUGAAGUCACAAGAUUGAGAUGGAUUUUGUGCAAUAUUAUUAAUUGAUAUGCUUUGUCCAUGUUGCAUGUGAAACUGUAAAUAAAUGUCUGCUAAGUAGCAGCAUAAUUAUUAUGGCACACAUUUCAAUAAUUUGCAUUCCAUGCGAUUCCAAGUGCUUUUACUUUUCACUUUUGUCCAUAAUCCAUUUAUUAUUCAUCUACUGCUUUCUGAUAUAUUUUCAUAGCAUUAAUCAAGGUUAGUACAUCACAAUUAUUGCUUUUAUUAUUUAUCCUGUUUAGACUUACUCAACAUGUUUUACUACUGAAGAUGUUCAGUUGUAUUUUAUGUGCAUAUAUAUAUUCAGAGACUUUGAUGGAUUAAAAAAAAUUCUACAUUGAUUUGAAUUUUAACAUUUAGUUUUCUACUUUUGUUAGUAUACAAAAACAUAUUAAGGCCAUGCCAAAUUGAGUCUAUGCUUCUAUGUCAUCUGGCUUGAAGCUUUUGUUAUUCAAGACUAAAAGUCAUAAAAAAAAAAUUAACAAUCAAAAUAUUGCUAAAUAAAAUAGUAAUUACAUUUCAAUGUUUUAAUAUAAUGAAACAGGUAUUUUAAUUUACCAGUGGAAAAAACAACAACAAUUGUUUUUUAUGAAAGUUGUCUAAAAUAGCAAGUCAUUCAGUGAUAACAUUGAUGAUUACUCCAAUUAUUUGACACAUAAAAACUGUGAUACAGAGGGGUACCUCCUAUUCCUAUUACUUACGUCCUCUUGGUACUGCUGUAUUUGCGCAUGGACUGUUUCACUUUUCCGCUGGUAUAUAAUAUAAACCGUUAAUAGAAUAACCUUUCGUAAAUUAUGAGCUAGCAAGGGUUUAGUGUUUUACAAUGCUGGAUGGCUCUUUCAAGGUACUGUUGUAAUAUCUUAAAGACUUUGAAUUAAGUAUGAAAUUUUUGGGGGCUUUUUGUGUUCUUUUUCCUGUCUGGCAGGUAGGUUUUGAAAUUGGCUCUGGAUGAUAAACAUAUGGCUCUCUUUGGUAUGGCCUAAAAAAGGAUAGAACAAUUACUUUUGUUUGCAUAUAUAUUAAUAACACUUCUGCAUAUCACUCUGGCAUUAUGGAUUGUAGAUCUGUACUUGCUGUAAUGUUUUAGUAAAAGGUACAAAUAAAUACUUAAACAACAUGCCUGUAUACUUAAAGGGACUCGUUCACACAUUUUUGGCAGGAAACUAUUUUUUAUUGAACAUUGGUGAAAUGAGUUAUCUUACUUGCUAUUAUAUAUAUAUACACUUACCAAGAUCUGGCAGUUACUCAUCUGAACAGAAUUUUAUAAAACCAAACUUAAAAUAAUUUUAUUAUUUUCAAUAGGGUCACAAAAGCUUUUUGGCAAAAAAUCAUUUUCUGUUAGAUUUUUAUGGAAUAGUAUUACCAAAAAUUAUAAUUAUCUAUUAUAAGCUUUUGAUUUUAUUCAAUGUCAGACCCCAUAAAACGUGAAUGAAUCCCUUUAAUGUGUAGUACUUAUAUAAAUAUUAACACAGUUCUGUUUAUUUUGAAAAUGAAAUCGACUUGUAUAUUCAUUUGUAUGGCUAUUACUGCACUAUGAAAAUAACUUAUUGAUAUGAAAUAAAUUGAAUUAUAUAAAAAAAAUGUAUCGAGUUUGUUAAAAUAUGGAUGGCCUGCCAGAUAUCAUGUACAUGAAGGUGGUUGAUUUUGACUCUGAAAAUAACUUGUUGAUAUGAAAUAAAUUGAAGA